AUGCCUCGAGCACCUCCUCCCGUCAUGGUCGUGCUAUCCGCCAUUGCACUUUUCGUCUGGUAUGUUGUGUACACGAGUGACCACAACCGUGAUGUUUCCGCUCUGUCCCACGCGAACAGAUUCAGAUUCGGCCAAGGUCACACCGAGGAACCAAUCUCGCCGUCGCCUUCAUCCUCAGAACUCAGCCAUGGGGAUCAUAUCAUGGGAAAGCUCGGGAAUGAAACAUUAAAGGCGGAAUUGGGAAGAGCUGCGUGGAAAGUUCUUCAUACUACAAUGGCGAGGUUUCCGGACAAGCCAACUGCCGACGAGAGCGAAGCGUUAGGCCAGUAUCUUCACCUCUUCGCCAGACUCUAUCCUUGCGGCGAAUGCGCCGAGCACUUCCAAAAAGUCCUCAAGAAAUACCCUCCUCAGACAUCUUCCCGGUCAAGCGCUGCCGCAUGGGCUUGUUUCGUUCAUAAUAUAGUGAAUGAGAGGAAGGGAAAACCCAUCUUCGAUUGUGCCAAUAUUGGAGACUUCUACGAUUGCGGAUGUGCAGACGAGGAGAAGGAAGCGAUCUCUGUCGCUGGAGCCAAGAGUACCAGCAUAGUCCAAGGUACACCACCUCACCAUGAACCUGUGGAAAUAGAGAAAGAAGGACCGACACGAGGUGGUUGA